AUGUCCAAGUGGAAGAUGAACGGGUCAACCUUCAUUCCCUCCAGGUGGUCACUUGAGGGCGGACGCCGACACAAUUAUGGAAGAGAACCCAGAUUUGCGGUGUCUGCUGGGCAGCUCAAAGACAUCCUGGCCGGAUUCAAAGCACAGAUGAACACUCUCCAAGAUGAGAUCAAGAUUAUCCGUUCUCAAUCUCAUGGGACGGGAAUUCCCUUCUUUAAUGGACUCACUCGGUCUAAUCCUAUAGCUCCGCGUCGGAUCCGGCCAACUUCUCGACCUGAACCUGGACCGUCCAGAAGAGUACCGAUCAUUCAGCUAGAUAGGCCCCAAGAAACUGAGCUGUCAGGUACAGGUUCCACCCCUGUCAUGCAAGAUUCACCCCUUGUUGCUCCUUCGCGCCGUCUCACCAGGACUCAUGUCAGUCGCGCGGACAGCGAGCGGCGUAGAACAUCCCAGAAUAGAAGGCAGGACCCGAUAUGCCAUAUCCAACAGGGAGUAGCCGGCAUCAUCCUCGAUUACACCACCCCAUUCUGUGCUGAUAUCAUGAAUGCUCCCAAGGAGCCUAAAGUAAAUCCGCCAGCUAUUGACGCCUAUGAUGGCACGUCUGAUCCUGAUGUACAUCUCUUGGCCUAUCGACAUCAUAUGUAUGUCCAGGGAACUACUGAUGCAACUUGGUGCAAAUACUUCCCGUCCACUCUGAAAGGAGUUGCCUCCAAAUGGCUCGAGAAGUUGCCUGCGGGAACGAUCAACACUUACGCCGAAUUGGAGAUAUUAUUUUCUGCGAGAUUUAUGGCUUAUAAAGAAGAGAAGAAGACGAGCAUGAAUUUGGGUCGAAUACAGCAAGGGAAAGAUGAAUCCUUGCGAAGCUAUGUUCGACGUUUCAAUUUGGAGUCAGGACAGAUUCCAGACCUACCUGACGGGGUGGCUUUUGAUAAUUUCUUUAGGGGACUUAAGAAGGGGUCCUUUAAGUUCGAUUUGGUGAAGAAAAGUGUGAGAACUAUGGCCGACGCUUUGGAUGAGGCAGAGUCCUUUAUUCAUGCCACUGAAAUCUGCUCCGUCCCAAAAGAGUCUAAGGGAAUGGAGACCACAGAUCAUCCUCAGCGCAAGGACAAAUCAGACAAAAAGACCAGCCGUCCGAAUGGGACAUGGGCCAUUGAAAAUAAAGGAUAUCAGGAAACAAAAGAUUGCAAGAGUCUACGUAGAGCUCUUGAUGGAUUAGCCGCCAAAGGAUUUCUGAAAUCCUAUAUCAGCCCGAGCAUAGGGGGAAUUGGUAAAAAAUUCUACAAGAAAAGCAAGUCACCGUACCAACGUGAUGGCAACGACACUGAUUCAGAAAUUGUGGCCGUCAUCUCAGGGGGUCUAGCCGCUUGGGGCCCAAUAAUGAGAGGUCAAAAAGACUAUGCAAGCCGGUUGGGACAGGUCAUGUUGUCUGGAAAAGCUCCAAUUGACCACUUCCCUAAAGUGGAGAUUUGUGAAUCUGACAGGGGCAAGAUCGCCACUCCUCAUGACGACCCCUUGGUUAUUGAAUUGAAGGUAGCAAACCUCAAAGUAAGGCGUAUUUUAGUAGAUACGGGGAGUCCGUCAGACAUUAUCAUAACAACUUGUCUAAAUCGUCUUGAGCAUGACCCAAAGACAAUUGAAAAGAUACAUUAUCCGAUCAUUGGAUUCGGAGGCGGCAUAAUUCAUCCCCAAGGGAUAAUCACUUUGCCCUUACGAGUUGGAGGUCGGCAUCAAAGUAAGAACUUGAACGUCCGCUUUCUAAUUGUGAAAGACCUCACUGCUUACAAUAUCAUACUGGGUCGCCCAACUUUGAAUCAGGCCUAG